CUCUUGCUCGUGCGUGUUCAGGAGGUCAAUUGUCAAUCGUCCUCGCCAACUUCGAGCCCUCUCCUUUCCUUUGUGCUGCCGAGAAGGGGCCGAAAUGGACUUCGGAUCCCGACAAUCGUUUCGUUUCCUAGGAUCUUGAUCUCUGCCACUCUCUCAGAUUCACUCCAUUUCACUUCAUACUCUCACUGAACUGCUCAUUUCACUCUUCUUUUGUCGCUGCGACCAGAGCAAAGCCAUCAUCGCGGGCAGGGGGGACGACCGGCAGGGGAACGAACAAACCAAAAAAAAAAAAGGGGGAGGAAAAAUAAUAAUGUCGCCCACUUACACCAGGCCACCGACCCCUCCUACGACGGAACAUUACAGCCGGCUUUCCAUGGGGUACAGGGCGGACGGGACUGCGAGCGAUGGUUCGGCAUCUGUCAACUCUGCGCGAAAUCGCACUGCUCUGGCCUCACCGCCACUGACACCAGUAUUCAGCCCACCAGACGACCUCUCGUCUCUUCGUCUGAGGAGCAGUUCAGGAUUGACGCUCCAUACCAAUGACGAUGCGCUGAGGCAAUAUACGGAUUACAAUUCGGACGGGUCUCCGCGGACGCCCGCCUUCCCCCCGAUACAAUGGGGCAGUAUCAACCGCGUCGCGUCAGCCCCCAUCCGCCGGCAUUCCAAUGCGGCGACGACGACGACGACGACGACGACAACGAUGACGACGACGGUCGACCGCCCCGCGACGUAUCUGGACUCCGAACCCCGCCUUCCCGUGCCGGACUUUUUCAGCCGGGAUACCUUUCACGCCGCGCUGGGCCAUCCUCACAUCUAUCGUCGUCUGUUUCAGUUCGCGCGAAAGCAACAAGAGCGCCAGGGUGACGUCGAGUUCCUGAUGCGCGUGCAGCGCUACACUCACUCGCUAGACCAGUUUAUCGAACAAGCCGUCCUCGUCCCGAAGCCGACAGGCCUGCCGUUUCCCGUUGCCAAGAGCUUGGCCUCCGACAUGAGGCACAUGAUGGCUUCGGUCAUCCCGGGGCUCGAGAACUUGUUUACCGAAUCUACCCAGCACGUCGAGCAGCGCGUGCGAAGUGACAUCUGGCCCGCUUUCGUGAAGAAUCAACUGGCCACCUGCGUCACUUCGGCCCUUCUCAACGACGGGUCCCGGCAGAACGGGUUCCCGGGUCUCGGAAGUUCGUUUUGCCUCACCGAGGCGGCGCCGGAUGGAGAUGCCAUCAAGUUCACGUCAGACGACUUUCUCUCCCUCUCGGGUUACACCAGGGCCGAGAUUGCGGGACGAAACUGCUCCAUCCUCCAGGGCCCCCAGACUGACGCGGGUUCAACUCGGAGGAUCCGGAACGCCAUCGCGCAGGGCGAAGAGGCCGUCGAGCUGAUCCUCAAUUACAGGCGAGACAGCUGGCCGUUCUGGAACUUCCUGCACCUCUUCCCGCUUACCGACCAGCACGGGACAGUGCGGUUCUAUCUCGGUGCGCAGAUGCAUGUUUCGGAGGCCGUUGGCGAGGAUGACGACGUGCUCCGCGUGUUGGGGUACGACCCAGACCACGAGGAAGGCAAAGACCGGGAAGCCCGUACGCAGAGGUGGCAGAGCAACGCCACUACCAGGGCAGACGGCCGACGAGCGAGCCUGAGCACCCACGUCAAUGUGAGCGCAGCCGCAAACGCAAACGCAAACCCACACCCACACCCACACGCGAAUGGGCGGCCUUCGACGCGCGGCUCAACCAGGUCCUUCUUCAAACCGUUCAAGAAACAGUCCAUCAGCACGAGCUGCAUUAGCAGUCCGAUCCUCGAAUCGCCGCCCCCUUCGCCGAGCACGACGCGCAGCUCCGAGUCGAGGAAGGAAGCGGCGGGGAAUCCGAAUCCGUACACCCACUACCUCGUGCUGAAGAACGUACGGCCGACAGCGACAGCGACGCCGACACGACCCAGGGCACCGUCUUCAGCAGCCUCCAACAUGCACCGGCAGCAAAAGUCCGCCUCCUCCUCCUCCUCCUCCUCCUCCUCCUCCUCCUCCCGCCUCUCAGUCGCCUUUGCCUCUCCGUCCGCCCUCUCGAUCCUAGGCUUAGACCACCACCACAUGCCCCCGGACGCCCUCGCGGGCAAGGACAUUUUCACCGCGCUCUCGGACUACGCGAGCUCGCCUUCCAUCACGAAAGCAUUCCGCUCGGCGAUCAGGGAGCGGGUGCUGGAGGAAGGGAAGCCGGCAUCGAUGGAGCUCGUCCUGGGCAGGGUACCGGCACCGGCAUCGGCAUCGGCGGCGUCCUCGUCGUCGUCGUCGUCGUCGUCGUCGUCGUGUUCGCGACGCAAGGCGAGCGUUGCGCUCUCGUCUCGGUCAAGGGAAGAUGUGGGGGAUGCUGUGAGGGAGAGGAGACCCAGCCGUCCGCUGAGUCGAACCGGGGUGUCGGGUCUUGUUGGGGGAGAGACGGGUCUAGCGGAAAGAGUCGCGAGCUUCUGGACGCCCUUGAAGGAUGUUGAAGGGUCGGUGGAGUGGGUUGUUCUCGUUCUGUUGCCGAUGUAAGUCGUGUCAUGCUUGUUUUCUCUUCUUCCUUUUCUCUUCUUCCUUUUCUCUUCUUCCUUUUCUCUUUCUUCUUUUCCUUCCUUUUUUUCACGUGUAAUGAUCGAUCACUGGCUCAGAAGGCGACGAUACCCCAGACAGCGGUUUUUCUCGUUUUUUUUUUUUUUUUUUUAUUACUUUUCUCCUCUAUUAUAUCCUAUUAUAUCACCCAUAUUGCCCGUUUCUUCACGUAAUAUUAGUUCGCAGAAUCACGAUAAGGAAGGAAAGUACAUGUAAUUACCUUAAUCACCUUGUGAGCAUUAGUAAUGGUUCGGUCGGAUCAUCUUAAAGCCGUACACAAACCCAACAAUGUACAGUGGAGAUAACAGUAUUCUAUA